ACACGGGUAGAGAGAGAGCGAAACAGGAACAGAAACUGAAGACUUGUCAAGAUGUUUGGGUAAGGGGUUCCAGAACUGAACAGAACACAGCAGAAGCCAGAUGCCAAACUGAAAGGAACAAAAGUCUGAGCAGCUGACUGGAUUAGACAGGAGGGGUGACCUGACCUGCUGCCACAGAAGUGCCUGCGGGCCUCAACAAUUCAGCAGCGUGACAAAACCAAGCCGAAAGCUAAAGGGCAAGAGGACUUGAGAAAACAAUUAGAGGAAUGCUGACCUGCAUAAACAAACUCAGCUUAAGAUUUUUUUUCCCCCCUCCAGAUUAAAUCACAACAACAAGGCAAUUUCAAGAAAAGACACUCCUACAAACAAGCAAUGUUUUGGUCUUAUAAGAGCAAGACAGACACGUUCUAACAGCAUCCGUAAGGUGAGCUUCCAAAGAGGAACAGAACAGCACAAGUUUGGACAGAUUCGUCACAUAGAGCUGUGCCUCGGGGUAGCUAUCUCAUCUGGGAUCUUCAUGAAGAAUGAGGAGCAUGUGAAGUUCAUUGUCAAGUCACUGGAAAUCUUUGUGCUGAUGGCUGAUGAACUGACUUGUGCUCAGAGAGUUAAAUGAGAUAUCAAUCAGCUUUUAAAGUUGAAGCUAACUCACUUGUAUGAACAGCGCAAGUCGGUUAUUUUAGUUUGCUGGCAGCGUUUUUUUUCCAUUGCAAUAUAGACCUCUAAUCUCUCUAAAGCUUAUUAAAACGCUUCUGGGAGUCCAACUCAAGUGAUCGAGCUCUGCAGGCCAAACGUUAUGGAAGGGAAGUUUCAUAGUGCCCAGGAUUUUUUCAGCUGGAUGUGGACCUUGGUUGUGGACAAACACAACCAGGGGGUCUACAACACCAUCUGCCUGGUCGUCCUGCUGACGCUUCCUCUGCUAGUCUUCCUCACCGCUGUGGUGGUGUGCUGCCACUGCUGCUGCUGUCGCCAUGAUAGCAGCUGCUGCUGCUGUGGAGGCUCUUCGAGGUCGGCAGCGAAAAAGAAAAAUAAUUCAUCCUGCAGCGAGGAUUUGUGGAUAUCUGUAAAGACUGGACCGACUACUCCUGAUCGAGUCGCUAUGGGAAUGGUGUGAGGAUUACCUCUGUUCAGGAUUACCGCACUGGUGCCGAUCAGUAGUUGAAAAGAUGUAAAACUGAAAUUCUGGGAUGUGGAUAUCAUUCAAAUACAAAUAACUUCAUAUUGUCGUGGGCAUACACAUGGCUGAGACGAGUUUGUUUUUGUAUAUAAAUACUUGUCACUUUGUAUUCACAUGAUGCUGUGUGUUCUGGUUUUAUGACAGUGUUUACAACAUUUUUAUGAGCUUUUUUAGUGUGUGGUACAUAAAGAUGAAAUAUGCAGACUGAAAUAUAUAUAUAAAUGCAAGUGUGUGUGCAGUGUGUGUGUGUCAGGUAGAGAGGCGUAGAGUUAUUGGGAGAACUUUGUUCUUAGAGCUCCCAUGUGAAAUUCAAUGCAUCCAUAUUUGGGACAGGGAGCAGAGGAAAGGGUUGCUCACUGCUCAAACAACUACUAGCACCUAUUUUUCAGAGUGCAGACUGAGAAAAACAGCAGUGAUAUCCAAAGAGAGCCUUUAUUUUAUUAUUUUUUUAAAAACCAUUUAGUGUUGUUCAAUGAAAAAUAUGUUUGUCCAGACAUUGGAAUCAUGGACAGGGUUCUCACAUUAACGGAAGAUGAAGAAUAGAGGCAGUUUGUUAUGCAGUCGCAAGAAAACAAAUUUAAAUAAUUUGUUUUUAGAAACUCACUGUAUGCAGUGUGUGUAUUAUGGCUCUUUUAGGGUUUGAAGCUCUGGAAAAAUAAAAUGUCAUUUCAAGAUACAGAAAAAUACUUAUUCACCAGUUUGGUUUUUGAUUGAUGUGUGUUUCAGUGCACUGCAACUUAACCAUUGUGAAUGCAAGACACUGCUUCAGAAAAGAAAAAAAAAAGUGUGAGUUUGAUGUCAGGUUAAGGGCACUAUAUGGAUAAAACAUUUGCUCUUGCAUAGAAAACCUUACAGAAGCACUUUGGAGUUUAGACAGAAGGUGACAGAAAAAGAAAAGCUAUUCUGCUACUAGGCAUUAUGACCACACUUAUGUGUAUAAGUUAUGUAUAUGCGGACAAUUAGAAUAUAGUUUUAUUAAAAUUGCUAAGCAAUCUUUUGUUUUACUAUUUUCUGGGUUCCCUCAACUAUUGUGUGUCUAUAUAUAAAUAUGGUAUAUGUAAACACAUGUAAAGUAAACAAGUUUGAUGAGCAGUUAGUUUUGUUACAUUUCUGAAAUGCAGAAAAUUCAAACUUUAUUGAAAUUGUAUAAGAUUUUGCCACAUUUUUUUUUUCUUUUAGCAACUUCCUCAAAGGCUAAUUAAGCACAAGUCUGUCUGCUGCAUCAUCAUCUUUAUUCAUUAGCUUACUCCGAUACCAAGUUGGAGGCCAGCCCCUCUCAUUACAGCUCGCACAGACAAUAUCCCAUGUGGAGAGCGGAGAUGUCUCUUCUGCUUAAUUUUUGCUGUAUAAAAAUCCUGUAAAAAAAUUAAUAAAUAAAGCCUUAGUGUGAAUGUAUAAUAUAUAGUGAAAAUCAGUGUAUAAGGCAUCUGUAGUUUGUGUUUGUCAGAGAAAAUGUAUUUGAAGUUUGCAGAGUCAGUUUGCAUUUUUUGCAUCCUUACUGUGAAAGACUUUCUGAGGCAGAUUUGUGAUGAUCACAGACAAGCUGUUCUAUUUCCUGCCUUAGUGUAGAUAUGAGAGCAACGUCUUUUUCCAUCUUUUCCAUUUACACAUGGCUUAUUAAACUUCAGUAUUCAGUUAUAGGCAAUAACAAAGCCAAAUGCCAUAAAUGUUUGUGUCUCAAGUUAUUCAUACAUGAGUAGCAAUAAUUUUACUUGUUAUACGCAUUACAUUUAAGUUGCAACCUAUCACAAGUAUCUGCUUAUGAUUGCAUAUUUUUAAAGUUCCUCUGAAAUGCCAUAAAAUGAAUCACCAUUAAAUUUUCUUUUCUUUUUCACUU